CCUGGUAGACAGCCAGGCAGGGAGAACGAGGCUUUUGGGGGAGACUCUGGGCGUUCCGCCCAGGCCAUGGGCGCCGUCGGGGACUUGGGGGUCCCCUGCCAGCUUCUACUACUUGACUUGGGCAUGCUACAGGUUUUCCAUGGUUAUCCAGUCUCGCAGCCAGCGGGAUAGGAAAAUAGCUCCUGCCAAAUGUCCUCUCCCCUUUAACGAGAGGGGCUGAGCCCAUUAGCCCGAGGGGACGAAAGGGAUGCACUGUCCUGCUAGGGGCGGAAGGAGCCAGGGCUAAAGUGGGGGGCGGGAGCGGAGAGCGCCCUCCUUGACCAUCCAAUGCCUCCUCCUGUGUUUUCAUGCCUUCUAAGUGGGCUUGGCUGCACUGACCCCCGGGAGGAGGGACAGACGACGCUCGGCGGGCUCUGACCGUGCAGCUUUCAUGUGGCUGCUGACGGGCUGCAGCCUCGCCUCCCUCUCUCCCCGCCUCCUAGGCGUCGGGGUUGGAGAUGUGGAGACGUGAGGGGACCCGCCGGCUGCCCCGGCUUCACCAGAACUCCACCAGGCUCCCGCGCGUCUCUCGGAGUUACGGGGAGGAGAGGCUCCGCGCGGGGCUCCCAGGCGGGCGGGCAGCAAGCGGAGCCGGAGCCCUAGCCUCGCCAUGGGGCACAACGGGAGCUGGGUUUUCCCGAACGCCAGCGAACCGCGCAACGCGUCGGGCGCGGAGGCGGCGGGCGCGAACCGCAGCGCGCCCGGGGAGUUUGGCGAGGCGCAGCUGUACCGACAGUUCACCACCACUGUGCAGAUUGUCAUCUUCGUCGGCUCGCUGCUCGGAAACUUCAUGGUGUUAUGGUCAACUUGCCGCACAACCGUGUUCAAAUCUGUCACCAACAGGUUCAUUAAAAACCUGGCCUGCUCAGGAAUUUGUGCCAACCUGGUCUGCGUGCCCUUUGACAUCAUCCUCAGCACCAGUCCUCACUGUUGCUGGUGGAUCUACACCAUGGGCUUCUGCAAGGUCGUCAAAUUUUUGCACAAGGUCUUCUGUUCCGUGACUAUCCUCAGCUUCCCUGCCAUUGCUUUGGACAGGUACUACUCAGUCCUCUAUCCGCUAGAGAGAAAAAUAUCUGAUGCCAAGUCCCGUGAGCUGGUGAUGUACAUCUGGGCCCAUGCAGUAGUGGCCAGCAUCCCUGUAUUUGCAGUGACCAAUGUGGCUGACAUCUACGCCAUGUCUACCUGCACAGAAGUCUGGAGCUACUCCAUGGGCCACCUGGUGUAUGCGCUGAUCUAUAACAUCACCACGGUCUUUGUGCCUGUGGUUGUGGCGUUCCUCUUCCUGAUGCUGAUCCGACGGGCUCUGAGUGCCAGUCAGAAGAAGAAGGUCAUCAUAGCAGCACUCCGAACACCGCAGAACACCAUCUCCAUCCCGUAUGCCUCCCAGCGCGAGGCCGAGUUGCACACUACCCUGGUCUCCAUGGUGAUGGUCUUCCUCUUGUGCAGCGUGCCCUACGUCACUCUGGUCAUCUACCAGACUGUGCUCAAUAUUCCCAACACUUCUGUCUUCUUGCUGCUCACUGCCAUUUGGCUGCCAAAAGUCUCCCUGCUGGCGAAUCCCGUGCUCUUUCUUACUGUGAACAAGUCUGUCCGCAAGUGCUUGAUGGGGACCUUGGUGCAGCUGCAUCACCGGUACAGUCGCCGUAACGUGGUUAGUACAGGCAGUGGGGUGGCUGAUGCCAGCCUGGAGCCCAGCAUGCGCUCGGGCAGCCAGCUCCUGGAGAUGUUCCACAUUGGGCAGCAGCAAAUUUUUAAGCCCACAGAGGAUGAAGAGGAGAGUGAAGCCAAAUAUAGUGGGUCAGCUGAUCUCCAGCCCAAGGAGAUAAUGUCCACCAGCUUGGAGGUAGAACAGGGGCCACAGCUGACACCCACGGCAUCACCCCCAGGCACAGUGGACUCUACAUCCCAGGUGACCACAGCAGUUCCUGUGGAAUCGGAGACAGUCCCUGACAAGUAUUCCCUACAGUUUGGCUUUGGGCCUUUUGAGUUGCCUCCUCAGUGGCUCUCAGAGACUCGAAACAGCAAGAAGCGGCUACUUCCGCCCUUGGGUAACACCCCAGAAGAGCUGAUCCAGACAAAGAUGCCCAAGGUAGGCAGGGUGGAGCGGAAGAUGAGCAGAAACAAUAAAGUGAGCAUUUUUCCAAAGGUAGAUUCCUAGUUAGGACUGUAAGUUCCUGGGAGGAACAGGGCGCUUCCCUGUCCCUAC